AUGGCAAAUAAUGAGCUUUGGUUUUGUGUAAAUAAACAUGCAUUAAUUUUAAAGUUGGCUGAGUAUUAUUUCAUUAAAAAAUGUCCGUCUUCCAUAUGUCACCCUGUAACAACAGCAGUAACUGAGAUUUACUGUUGUAACAGAAUAGUCAGUACCCAGCAGAACCAGGAGAGACACAAUAAAUUACAAGAGCAUGAUGAAGAGCAAGAUAGUAAAGUGUUGACCACUCACAAUGAAAUUAUAGGACACGAAUGUCUACAAGCAGGGCAAGAUACCAAGAUUUUAAAAGAAAUAAAAGAUGAGUUCAUAAAAGGAGCUACCAGAAAUGGUACAGACCUUUUCCACACAAAUAACUGCCCUGCAGACAGAGCAUUUAUGAUCAAAGCCAACACAAAGGUAGUGCACAAAUAUGAGGAAGAAAGUAAGAAGUGUGAUGAAACUUUUAACCAAUGGUUGCAAGCCAAGGAUGGCAAAAUCAUUCAUCAUGGAGAGGAGAAGGUGAAGAACAUAAUAAAGAAUUUAGUAGGGGAUAAUCCUGAAAAAUGUGUAGUAAAUAGCAAUUUAGUAAAUGCUGCAUUGGAUGACACAGUGUUAAAACCAAACAUAAUACUACAAUGUGGCAAAGCCAUGAACAGACAGCAUAAUAAUGUUCACACAGGCAAUGCAGAUAACUAUGGCAAAGCUAGUAUGUUUCAGUGUGAGCACAGAGCCAUACAUGUUGGCAGUUAUCCAUGCGUCUUUUGCAACACUAUUCAGUUGUGGGGGCAAGUAUCUCCAAAGUCAGAAUUGCCCAUGCCAAGCAAUGUCACAGUGUUGAGUCUUCAUGCUCCACAACGGAGUGGUAAUAACAAUCAAACAGUGAGAAUAGUCAAAUUGGCAGCAGGUGCACAUCAGCCAGGGAGAAAGAGGAAUGAAUUGACCUCUAUCAUGGAGAAGUCAUGA